UCGUUGGAAGUUAUAUAAAACGGGAAAUGGAGGACAGUUCGGAUGUUAAGAGUGAUAGGAACAGAGGACCUGGAGACUGGGAGAGCGAAGAUAGAAGGAAGCAAAAAUUAAGUAAGUCAAGAAAGUUGGGGAAUGGAGAUGAAGCUGAAGAAUUAGAUGAUGUUGGAAGGCGAAGUGCUGGGGAUAGGAAUGAGAGCCGAAAGAGAUCAGGUGGCUCAAGCAGAACGGCCAGUGAUGAAGAUGAUUAUGAAGCAAGAAAGGAUUCACGUGCAAAGCAGAUGAAGAAGCACCAAGAAGAGAGUACGUUGGAGAAAUUGAGCAGCUGGUAUGAGGAUGGAGAGCAAGAGAAUAGGCAUGAUGGUGGAGAUAGGUCUGGUAACAGGGGACAUGGCCGACUGAUGAGGGGCAGAAACAAAGGAAAAGAUGAUAAAUCAUAUGAUAGGGAGCUUGAGAAGGUGGAUAGAGAUGCCCGAUAUUCAGAGAGGAGGGAAGCCAGUCGGGAAAAGGAUCAUGGAUCUUCUGAGCAUGGGAGGAACCCUAGGAGAAGAUGGGAUGAACCUGAUGCUGUCAAAACAGCUGAAGAAAAUAACUAUGUCGAAAUAAUAGAUGUGAAAAGUGGUAAAUCUUCAGAUCCUAAGCAUGGGAGUGCUAGAGAGAGAACUAUGUCCUCAACAAUUGAACCGAGCACAGCAAAAGCAGAGGGUAUGAAACCCAAUGAUGAGAGAAUUGAUACUGAAAGGAGUAAGAGCAAGGGUAGGUUAGAGGCUCGAGAAGAAGAAAGUUCUGUGGCUCGUGAUGGUAAGGAGAGAAUGGAUAAACAUAGACAGCAGAAAAGUUCCGCUAGCCGGGAUGCUUAUGAAAGCCGUGAGAGGCCUUUUAGUAUAGAGGAGGAUGGCAUGUGGGCAAGAGGCACCAGUAGAAGGGAAAUGGCUCAUUCGGACAGGUCAAAGACUCCUGAGAGGAGUGGGAGGCACCAUCAUGAAUCAGAAAAUGUUGAGAUUGAUUAUGAAAGAGGCUCAAAAGAUAAUUGGAAAAGAAGGCAACCUAGCAGCAGUGAAAAAAGAGAUAAAAGAUGGGACUUCUCCUAUAAUCAUAGCAGAGAAUGGGAGUUUCAAAGACAUGGCCGUGAGAGGACUGACAUUGAAAGGCCUCAAGGUCGGUCAGGCAGAAAAGAUGGAAAUAGGACUGAGGCUGUUAAAACUUCAUCAAAUUAUGGGAUUUCAAAUGAGAACUAUGAUGUAAUAGAAAUCCAGACCAAUCCCCAUGACUAUGGCAGAGAGAAUCCAUCCAGGUUCAAUUCUAGGAGAAGCGAAGUGGCUCUGCCAUCUGAUACAAAAUCUGCCACCAAUGAUGAGUGGGCUCAAUCUGGCGAUGAUUCGAAGAGUAAUAGAUUCACGGAUGAUGGUCCUCCCUUGCAAAAUUCAAAAAUCAUGGAGAGA